UACUUUAUCGCAUAAACGUUACCAGUCACGAUGGUUCAAGAUAUCGCCAAUACACACGAUGGUGAUGACUCUGAUCCUCUAGACGCCUUUUUGAAUUCCAUUGGGGACUUGAGGGACGACAAUACUACGGAAGGAUGCGAUGCCGGAUCCGAUGAUCACCAUGAUGCAGCUGGCAUCGUUACUCCUAAUGUGGACAAUAUAAAGAAAAAUGACAAUGGUGUCCAACAAUCUGUUGCCAAGGCUACCUGCAAUCGCUUAUUUGAUGACAUAUAUCUAGUAGAUCCUAAGGUUGAUUCAAUACCAUUAAGUGAUGUUGUUAAAUUGAAAAAACGCUUGGGAAUAGAGACCAUGGGUGUCAGGGUCCCGAAACCGACUGUUUCAUUUCAGUCUCUUGAGCGCACUAUACCUGCUACGCUAACGAAACGGUUGUCUAAGUUAGGUUAUUUAGAACCAACGCCAAUGCAAUGUCAGGCUUUACCUGUUUUACUUCAGGGUAGAGAUUCCAUAUUGAUGGGUGAGAGUGGAUGCGGUAAGACUACAUCAUAUUUAUUGCCUCUUGUAUGUCACGUAUUGGUUUUGAUUCGUAAGCUCGGUGCUGUAGCGCCAAAGCGUGCAGCUUAUUGUGUGAUAGUAGGUCUUACCAGGGAAGGCUGCAGUCAGAUUCUGGUGGUCCUUACUAAGCUGUUGAAAUCUCUGAAUAUACGUGUGGCCACUAUAGCUUCUGGUUAUGACAAUUAUAAUCAGGUGAUAUCGGGGACGGAAUUUCUGAUUGUCACUCCAGCUAAGCUUUCAGAUAUGCUUAGCCGUCACGCUCUAUCGUUAUCUAACACUCAUGCGGUUGUAAUAGAAGAUUUCCCUAAGGUAUACCAAAAGCAUCCCGAUGAGUCUGAGAUUUUGCUUAACCAACCUCAGGCUAUGAAAGUGAUUGUAUCAAAUUCUAUUCUCGGGUCAGGUACUCUUGGAAAUCUACGUCAGUAUCUGAAGAGCUCCGUUACAGUGAAGUUUCAUGUAGACACUUCCCUGUCAGGGAUUACUAUAAAAUGGAUAUCAUGUUUAAAAGAGCCCAGUCGCAUACAGAAAACGACUUUCAUAACCGAUUUGCUAUCUCAUUUUCAUCAAGCAUUUCGUAUGAUAAUCUUCGCCAAUGAGAAGGUUACCGUAGAAAUGUUGUAUACGUUCAUUCAGAAUAUAACGGAAUCUGUCAACUUCAUUCAUGAAGAUACGCCCAGGGACCAAAUGUUCUCAACAUUGGAGCAAUUCCGGGAAGGGAAGAUACAAAUACUGGUGUCUACAGACAUAUUGACUAAGAAUGUCAAUCUUCCCAAGGUGGAUUACGUUAUUAUAUUCGACAUGCCGCGCAAACUAUCACGGUUUUGUGCCCGUUGCAGAGUGUGCCAAACUCAUAGUAAUGGCGUGAUAUACAGCUUACUUGAGAAGCAUGACCACAUCAUUUCUGGUUUAAUAUGUACUCAGCUUGAUAUAGAAGGUAUUGAUGUUCCCAAAGUGCUGUCUCAGUUGGCAUCCAAUUGGAAACCAUAUCGUGAUUCACGUCACAGCGUCCGUGGUAGCACAAUACAUAUGAAGGAGAUCAAGGAAGUUGAAGUUAUGAUCCGACCUAUGAACAAAAGCACUACUGAUCACAUUUUGACUGCUAAAGUUGACGACACAUUCACGCAAUCGUCUGAAAAACCAGUUGAGCCUAACCUUUUUGUCUCAUCGAAUUCUGCUGACCAUAUUAUAACAGAGGGCAGUGCCCCUGUUGAAGAGGAUACAGGUCGUGAAUAUGGCAUUGAUGAUACUAUAUCUUCUGAUGAAGAAGACAUUGUUCCUAAGCGUCAGUUGAUUAAGCCUACUGGUUUGAUUGACAUGGAGAAGAUUAAGCAGCGGCGCCUGAGGAUGGGCCAGGAGCAGUUGUAACAUUGUAUGCUAAUAAUCAUAUGAAUAUAUUGUGUAUUAUGUGUU